AUGGCCGUAGCGCCUAAUGUUCUCUCCUACCCAGGAGAAACCAUCACUUGGACACCUUGCGGCGAGGCCGAGAACCACGCCCUGGAAUGCAGUUCCAUUGAUGUGCCUAUGGAUCAAUUCAACGUCCAAAGCCCGGGUAACCAAACCUUCAACAUACCCCUGAUCCGUCUCCGAGGGCGCGAUGCGCCUGAGGGGAGAAAUCUCAUCGUCAACCCUGGAGGUCCAGGCGGAAGCGGACUUCAGUACAUCUAUUUGAAGGGCGCUGAGGUCAACGCCAUUGUUGGAGAAGGUUAUCAUUUGGUUUCAUUCGACCCGCGCGGCGUCAACACAUCACGUCCACUGGCUAGUUGUUACCCUGACAGCCAAUCUAGGCAAAGGCUGUCACGGGUGAGGAACGUUGAUCCGGUAUUGGACAGUGGAGAGAUUUUUGCCUGGGCCGAUAACUACGUGCAGGCUUGCGCCGACGUCAUGGGCGAACAUGGCAUCUAUAUAAAUACGCCUCAGACCGCGGCGGACAUGAACAGCAUCCUAGAUGCUCUGGGCCAAGACAGUAUGGCCUACUGGGGGUUUAGUUACGGGUCUCUUCUUGGUCAGACAUACGCCGCCCUAUUCCCAGAGCGAUCGGAACGCAUCAUCGUGGAUGGAAUCAUCAAUAUCUUCAAUUGGUAUAAUGGGACUGUGGACCACGAGAUGUGGACCGAUACAGACACUGUUUUUGAUGGCUUCUUUGACGAGUGUAUCAAAGCUGGCAAAAAUUGCCCCCUUUCUGAAUUCGGCAUGGGUUCAAAGGAGGUUCUCAAGAAGCACGUGAUGGACUUGGGUGAUCAACUCAAGGAUCAGCCAGAAUCCGCGUAUAUCAAUUCUGCAAGGUACGGCCUCAUCGACUAUCAGAAAUUAUUUUACGAUGCAAUUUUCCCGGUACUAUUCAAUCCAGCAUCGUGGUAUAGCUUUUCGCUCAUUCUUGCGUCGUUCAUGAACGGAAACGCCACAACCAUGUUCGCUGUUUUCAGCUCUGACAGCGCGUACACGGCAACAGAUGAUGCCAAUAGCAUCGUGCACCUUAACGAUGCACAAACUGGCCCUGAGUAUUGGCCACAAGAUCGCAAAUCAUUCUUGGAUAUCAUUCUCCCUGGAAUGAACAGCUCAAGAUGGGCAAUGAUAGAAAAUGUGGAAUACUACAAGAGACAAAAGUGGCGAGCACCAAAAACGCACACAUUUCUACCAACACGAGAGAUAGAAACCGCUCAUCCGAUCCUUAUUUUGUCGGCAACUUACGAUCCUGUGUGCCCGCUCAAAUCUGCCAGGGUCGCAAGGGAUGCCUUCAAGAAUUCCCGACUCAUUGAGGUUGAGGGCUACGGCCACUGCUCCAGCUCGCUUCCGUCUUCAUGCUUGACGGCAUAUGUUGGAGAUUUCCUAUAUAAGGGAACGCUACCAGAGAAAGAUGUUCGAUGCGCGAGCGAAAUGGAAUAUUUCAAGCCUCCAACAAGACGGGACUUCUCCCCGCAUAGUUUUGCGGAGGAUAAUCUGAUAAAGGAUUUGUACAUGGCGCAGCUAAGGAGAAGAUAA